AUGGAGGACACCUCUAACCAAACCUAUGAUCUGGAUCUACAGAGCCAAAAUAAUUUCCCCAAUGGAACCUUGGUGAAACCAAACAGCCCUGUUUCUACAGCUCUGGAGCAGGCCAUUAACUGGAUCUGCAUAAUCCUCCUGUGUGACACUAUGGUUUCUCUCGGCUGUACAAUGGAGAUCUCCAAGAUAAAAGCCCACAUCGUAAAGCCCAAAGGCGUGGUGAUCGCCAUGCUGGCUCAGUUUGGAGUGAUGCCACUCACGGCCUUCUCAUUGGCUAAACUGUUCAAGCUGGGUUCUGGUGCAGCCGUGGCAGUGCUGGUGUGUGGCUGCUGUCCAGGAGGAAUUCUUUCCAAUACUCUGGCCUUUGCUCUUAAUGGGGACAUGAAUCUCAGCUUUGUGAUGACGACCUGCUCGACGUUGGCGGCGCUAGGUAUGAUACCCCUUCUGCUCUUUAUUUACUGCCAUGGCUUCUCCAAUGUUCAUGCCGUGCCUUACGCCGGCAUCUUCCUGGCCUUGAUCUCGGUUGUGCUGCCUGGUGCUAUUGGCAUCCAUAUUAACUAUCGUGUACCGGAGAAGUCCAAACUGUUUGUCAAGGUUGGACUGGGCAUAUUGAUGGUUAGUUACGUUGUCUUAGGUGUUCUCUUCAGCCUGUCCCUGGGACCUACGAUCUGGGCUAUUACAGAACCUCCGCUUGUGGCUGCAGGAGCAUUGAUGCCACUUAUUGGAUACCUACUUGGCUUUGUGCUGUCUUUGUUCUUUAGGUUUGAUGAACCCUGUAGGAGGACUGUUGCCGUGGAGACAGGUUGCCAAAAUCUUCAGCUGUGCUUCACAAUCCUAGAGGUAGUCUUCGAUCGCGAGGUCAUCGGCCCAUACACUCUUUUCCCUUUUGUCUACUUUCUCUUUCAAAUUCUUGAGGCAUUGGUGUUUAUAAUCAUCUUCAGAUGCUACAAGAAAUCAUCAAAUCAAAUACUGUAG